AUGGCUGUUGGAAAUGAUUCCCACGGUUGUAAAAAGACUGGUGACGCGUUGAUUUCUUCGCCUUUGGGAACAGCAUCGUAUUUGAUGUCGGUCUGGUCGGUGUUUUCAUCACGAAAUCGGUCAGUGCUGCUGAAUCGACUCUUCACACUAGACGAACUCGCCACCAUAUCAUAUCUCUACUAUUUGACCGAAACCACGCCUCACGCGAUGCGGAUCAUGCGCACGUUCUUGGUCGAGGAACUGCCGAGGCAGAGGUAUGAUAAUCCGGAAUUUCUUUAA